GGGUUCUACCUCCUCAAUAAAAAAACACAAUUAAUAUAGAAAGGUUUAAAAUCACUUAUAUGUAGUGAUAUUAAUAAAAAAAUAGCAUGCCCCUCCAAUUUUUUGUUCCAAGCUUUGCCACUGCUAGCUAGUCCCUCUACUCGUUUUGUAACUUCUAUUAUAUCACUAUUGGAUAGAGGAUACUUGGGAGGUGGGUCCAUAUAUAGGAAGAUUCUUUGUUUCUAUCCAUUUCAAGUGUCAUCUCCCUCUUUUUCAUUCUCUGCUUUUCUCUAUCGUCUCACCUAGGCCUGUAUUCCUUUACUAUAUCAAUUUUUAUGAGCAAGUCAAAGCACCAAUAAAAUUUGCAAUAAUCAAUCUUUUCAUCACCAUUUUGGCAAAUAUCAAUUCAACCAUUAUACCACAGUUACUAAUAAAUUUCCAAACACAAUAAAUUAGAAAGAAAAACACAUUACACCCUCCUUGUUCAUUGUCAUCUACAUUGAAUUGAAGCUCCACCAACCUCUUCUGCCACCUUUGUUUUCAGUUUCCAAACUCUCAUGGGGAUAUUAAUUGUUCUGCUUAUUUUACUUAUCAUUCAUAUACACGGGAAUGGUCAUCACAAAGAGGCAAGAGGAAAUAUUAAUCCAAAGAGGGGCUGUGAUUUGUUUCAAGGUAACUGGGUUGUUGAUGAUUCAUACCCUCUUUAUAAUACCUCAGAAUGUCCCUUUAUUCUCAAGGAAUUUGAUUGCCAAAAGAAUGGUCGUCCUGAUAAACUCUAUGUCAAGUACAGAUGGCAACCUAAAGACUGCAACUUACCAAGAUUUAAUGGUGAAGACUUCUUAAGAAGACUUAGAGGGAAGAAUAUCUUGUUUGUGGGGGACUCCUUGAGUUUGAAUCAAUGGCAAUCACUCACUUGCAUGCUUCACACGGCUGUGCCACUUGCCAAAUACACCUCAGUCAGGACUGGAGGUCUAUCCACCUUCAUUUUCCCGAGCUAUGAUGUCAAGGUGAUGUUUUCCCGUAACGCAUUUUUGGUGGAUAUUGCAAGUGAAAGUAUCGGUAGAGUCCUGAAAUUAGAUUCAAUUGAAGCUGGAAAAAUAUGGAAAGGAAAUCACAUACUGAUAUUCGACUCUUGGCAUUGGUGGCUUCACAUAGGAAGAAAACAACCAUGGGAUUUCAUUCAAGAAGGAAAUCGUACAUUCAAGGACAUGAAUCGUUUGGUUGCAUACGAGAAAGGCUUGAAAACAUGGGCCAAAUGGGUUGAAGACAAUGUUGACCCUAACAAAACAAGGGUAUUCUUUCAAGGAGUCUCUCCAGAUCAUCUCAAUGGAGCAAAAUGGGGGGAACCAAGGGCGAGCUGUGAGGAGCAAAAGGUGCCAGUAGAUGGAUUCAAGUAUCCAGGGGGGUCACACCCAGCUGAGUUAGUGUUACAGAAAGUGUUAGGAGCAAUGUCAAAGCGUGUGAAUUUGCUCAAUAUUACUACCUUGUCACAAAUGAGGAAAGAUGGUCACCCAUCUGUUUAUGGAUAUGGUGGACAUAGGGAUAUGGAUUGCAGCCACUGGUGUCUCCCUGGUGUUCCUGACACUUGGAAUUUGCUUUUAUAUGCAGCUCUCAUUCAAAAUUAAGGUAUAUGGCUGGUAAUUCUUAAUUAUAAAUGAUGAUCAUGAGUUUUUAAUAUAAGCAACUCAUUCAAAUUAAAUUCAUAUAUUCAUUGUCAUUGUUUAGUAGUAUUACAGGCAAAACGCUUUCAUAGAAUUAUAUAGUAUUUCUUAAAGCAAUAAAACAAAUUCAACUUAAA